AUGGCGAGUGGCAAGCAGGAUCCCAAACCUGGGGACCUGAUCGAGAUCAAGCGACCACUUUAUGAACACUGGGCCCUCUACUUGGAGGAUGAGUAUGUCAUCCACGUGACGUGCGAAGAUAAAGGGAUCCAACGCCUUUCCCCCAGCGGUGUGGCAAUAGUGGCCAAAACGGCCAAGGUGAAGAAGCAGCUCCUAAAGGAGGUGGUGGGAGAUAAUGACUGGGAGGUCAACAACAAGUAUGACCGCUCCCGCACUCCCCUCCCAGUGGAGGAGAUCAUCCGGCGUGCUAAGAGUUACAUUGACAUGGAGGUGACCUAUAAAGUGCUUGGCAAAAACUGUGAGCACUUUGUGACAAUGCUCCGCUAUGGUGAGAGUGUCUCUGACCAGGCCAGGAGUGCAAUUGAAGAGAUGAAGGAUGUCACUUAUCAAGCAGUCAGUGUUCUAAUUGGUGGUAGUGGGGUUGUAGCUCUGACUGCUGUUGGUGUUGCUCCUGCUGCUGCUGUUGGUGUUGCUGUUGGUGCUGCUACUGUUGGUACUGCUUUGGGUGCG